AUGGCGACAGCGACGUCCAAUCCCUACAUGCCGAGCAAUAGUAUUCUGUCGUCCAACUCUAUCGUGCACAGCGACUCAGGCGGCAUGCAGCAGGCGACCACGUACCGCGAUCCCUCGAAAAUGGUGCAAAGCGACUUCAUGCAGGGGGCCAUCGCCAGCAACGGCCACAUGCUCAGCCAUGCACACCAGUGGGUGACGGCGCUGCCGCACACCGAUGCCGGCUCGCCUUGGUCCUCGGCCAUGGCAGGCAGCCCCUUGGGUCAGCAGCAGCAGCAACCGCCGCCGCCGCCGCAGCAACAGCAGCAGCAGCAGCAGGACGUGAAGCCGUCGGUGCAGGUGGUGAGCCGGGACGAGCUGCACACGGGAGCCGCUCCCUUGCACCACCACCGCCCACCCCACCUGCCGCCUCACCAGCCGUCUCACGGCGGCCACCCGACCGCCUGGGGGGCGACCACCACGGCUCACCUGUCGUCCAUGGGCUCGGCCGUCCAGCCGCUCAUCUACUCGCAGCCCGGCUUCACCGUCAACGGCAUGCUGAGCCAGGCGGGAGGGCAGAGCCUGCACCCGGGGCUGAGGGACACGCCGGAGCUGGUGGACCACGGGCAGCAGCACCACAGCCACGAGCACUCGGACGAGGACACGCCGACCUCGGACGACCUGGAGCAAUUCGCCAAGCAGUUCAAGCAGAGGCGGAUCAAGCUGGGCUUCACCCAGGCCGACGUGGGCUUGGCGCUGGGCACCCUUUACGGCAACGUCUUCUCCCAGACCACCAUCUGCCGGUUCGAAGCGCUGCAGCUGAGCUUUAAAAACAUGUGCAAGCUCAAGCCCUUGCUAAACAAGUGGCUGGAGGAGGCCGACUCGUCGACCGGCAGCCCGACCAGCAUCGACAAGAUCGCCGCUCAGGGCAGGAAGCGAAAGAAGCGCACUUCUAUCGAGGUGAGCGUCAAAGGAGCGCUGGAGAGCCACUUCUUGAAAUGCCCCAAGCCCUCGGCGCAGGAGAUCGCCAGCCUGGCUGAUAGUCUGCAGCUGGAGAAAGAGGUGGUCCGGGUUUGGUUCUGCAAUCGGAGGCAGAAAGAGAAACGCAUGACGCCGCCGGGAGGAGUGCAGCAGACGGACGAUGUGUACUCACAGGUCGGCAAUGUAAACGCCGACACACCGCCCUCUCAUCACGGACUACAAACCGCCGUGCAGUGAAAGCAAAACGUAAAGCAUAGGCUGUUUAGAUCGGAUUUUUUGUAAAAAAAAUAAAAAAACAAAAACAAGGACAAAACGAAAUCAACAAGUCCAGGACUAUCGCAUUGAUAGCAGGUUUUCUACUGUGAUUGUGAGGCUGGCGAUUGCAUAGAAUGAGUGCACCAAAACUGCAGAUGUCUUUUCAUUAAAAAAAACAAAUAUUUCUGAACCCCCCCGGCUUGUGGUGAUCGACGGGUGGACCCCAGAUACUUCCAGAUAAGUGUUUCUACAUUUAGUCUGGUGUUUCAGAAAGACUGGUUUAUGAAAUAAUUUCAGAUUUGGUCCAGCGAGCUCGGAUCGGCCGUGGGCGCUGGACGGUGCCUGGUGUAUUUCCAGAGGCUGGCUUUUCUUGGCUAUAUCAGGUGCAUAGACAACAACACUGAGAUAGAAAAACCGUUCAUUCUGUAGGUUGAAAUACUGAAGACUGUCCCUUAUGUAAAACACUGUAAUCUGCAGGAGAAAGGGAGCUAAUCCGUACUGACUAUCGAAUAAAAAAGACCGGUAAAAGGGGGUCUUAAAAACAUGAAACUUCAGAGCAACAUUAAACCUGCAAGGCAGGGGAAAUUUCAAGAGAAAACAAUUAAAUGGGUUGAUCCAAAAAUAAUGACAGAUGGAACUUUCUGCAGCGAGGUUUGUCGGAAAAGACAAGACAAAAGAAAGACUAGGGGAUUUGGGCGAGAAAUUGUCCCAGAUGUGGCUUUGAUGAUUGGUUCAUUAUGUUGUCUUCGACCUCAUUCUUCUCACCCGCCUUCCCCCCCAAAAAAAACUUAGCCCGAAUGUUUUCUAAUUUCAUCUCCAGCCCAUUGGAGUAGAAGCAUUUUUUUAUAUAAAAAAGAAAGAGAAAAAAAAUCUCCACCAUCUGCAGCUGCACUUACUGAACUUAUCCUCUUAAAAAAAACAUUGCCAAGUUGAAUGAAUGGGUGCUGUGGAUGCGACUGUAUAAAACUGCCAUUUCCAAGCAGUGUUCUUGGUAGGUUUCAAUAUAGACUUUUCAAAGACGCAAUAUAGAGUCAGUAGAUCAGUUACUGAUCUAAAAAUAUUUACUUUAUAUUUUCAUCAGAAUUGACUUCUUUUAAUAUUUUAUUCAGAAUACCUAUGAACUGCUGCAAAACGGUAAUUUAUUUUUCCCCAGAUCUUGUAUUAGAUGUUUUCAAAACGAGCACAAAUAAAUGCGAUGAAAAAAUGGACAGUUGUUAGGUAAUAAGGGUAUCUUUUGAUGUGAUAAUUUGAUUGUAAUUUAAUUUGAGUAGUGAUUCCGUAAAAGAUAAUUCAAGAAAUAAAUUUGUUAGAGUCAAA